AUGCUCGCGAGUAUAACUGCGGACUAUAAUGGACUAUUUGGAAAUCAGGAGACGUCCACAAAUCUGCAAACUUCUGGAAGGAGCCAUUCGAGUGACAUUGGAUUUGUCCAACAUUCGGCUUCAUCCAAAUCACUCCUGUCAUCGCCUGAACUUUCCAGGGAUGUUCACUCAUACAAGCCCCCGUCAAAAUGGAGCUUUAAUGACACAUGCUGCUUAGUCCACGAAGAGGAAGUAGCAGCUGUGUCCAAUAUCGCAUCAGCAUUCUGCGCGCCCGUGAAAGAAGCGAAACGGAGUCACCCAAAGAGGAUAAUUCAAUCAGGGCAAUUGCUGGUACGAGCCAGAUCCAUGCUUGAAGUGAGCAGCGCAGUCACACCUCAUUCUCGAACCAAGUCAGCUGACUUCACUAUGAAGGGAGCUGAAAGCAUGCAGUGUCAGACUGGGAGUUUGAGGACGCUGGAAGAUGCCAGCAGCUCGUCGUUCCCUCUCGAUCCACAGAGAAGUGUGUCAACCAGCACCGCUGCAACCGAAUCCACCGGCGUUCAUAUAAGUGUGGGGUCUCUAGCGAAAAAACGGCAAGAAAUUGAAGAGCAGAUGAUCCGUCUACAGGUUCAAUUGCUUGAAUCGUUUCGCGAGGAGUGGUGGCAGUUUGGUGUGGUGCGUUCGAUCAGUCUCUGGUGCACCGGACGACAAGUUGAUUAUCGAAAAUCGAAGCGUCACCACUACAGCUCUCACUGCUCCCCCGACAGGAUACGUGAUGAAAACAUCCUUACGGGUGUGAUUCCCGAGGGUUUCACGGAACUUCAAUCCCAAGUGAUCGCUUCCAAUCCAAAGCUGAAAACUACUUCCUUCCCCUUUACUCAUCUGCUUACAAAUAGUCAGUCGGAACUCAAUUUCAAUAAUGAAAUGAUUGAGAAGAUGGAUUGUGCACUAACAACGAUUAAUGGGGCACGUGCUACAUUUCGGAAGCCCGUGGGUAAUGCGAGUGUCAAAUCGACCUGCAAAGACUCCCUCACCUCAUCGUUUUCAUCCGUAAUGGGUGAUUCAUUAUACUGGUCUCAAUGGGACGACAAUUCCACCAGAACGUCCAACAGCCUUGGUGACUGCGCUCAUGACGAGGCGCGGGAGCUGAUAAGCAAAAGGCUGCAGAGCCUGGAGACUGAUUGCGCCAUCGUCAGUCAGCUCUACCGAGCCCACAAGCAACGUGCGACGGAGACGAAUAGAGCCGCAUUUCGAAAGGCCUAUAAGUGCAAUGCACAGAAGUUAAAGGAAAUACAUCGUGAGAAGCUUGCUUUGGAGGAGCAACUGCGUAUGUUGAAACUUAACGAACAAUCUAACGUCAUCUCAGGGCUGACAAGAUCGAGUAGUCUCUCGGUACAAACGAAUGUAAAUCGGGCGUUUAGCCUUUUCCAUCACUCCCCUGUCGCAACACCUCCGGUGGCCACACUUCCGCGACGCAGGACAUUGCAAUUUCCAUCCAUUUCGGCCGGCAGUACCCUGCGUCUGGGGAAAUUGAGGAAACGACCCAGUCUGAAGUGCACGGGGCUCGAGAAAAGCGCCACUCCGAUGAUAUACGCACAGAAAGCUGGAAAGACCGCCAGCCAUACGCCUGGCUCAGCGUGUAUCAGAACUCAUCGGGUUCCCCUUUUCUCGACACUCUUCCGUUUUCCAGGGCAGCAGGACAACAUAGAGUCAGGGCGGCAGAAAGCAGAAGAGGAGGCAAAGUCCGAGGUAGCAGAAGUAGUCGAGAAUGCUCAGACAUUACCAAGAUCGUACUCUUUACUUGAGUCUGUUUCACCACGGCAACGAUGCGAAUCGAGGUCCGAUCUCACUCGAACCGAAAUAAAAAGAUCCAUUUCCUCCCCAGCUCUAACCAGACCACACAAGGAAAAACCUCCCUGUGACUUCAUGCGGAGUUGCACACCGGAGAUCGUUAGGAGGCAAGUCUCAACAUCGGACCAGGAUGCCAAACACACUACCUGUUCAUCAUCUUCCGAUGUUCAGUCAUCGUCCGGUUGCUACUCGAACACACCACAUUCUUCCUCUGUCGGCGAACAUUCAUCCAAAGCAUCGGAAGUUUGCCUCCGUCGAUCUGCAGAAGUUAAACUGAACGAUUCGUCCAUCCGCUGUAUUUGUAGUUGCAUUUCUGAGCGCAGUGGAAACUGUGAGUGCAAUGAGGAGAUUAAUGAGAGCAAGGCGCUGGAAUCGUACCAGCUUAAAGGGACACAGCAGUCUCCAGCACCGUCUAGGCGCAAGCUCCCAAUGACUAUGCUCAGAAAACAGACUCGGAGGAAUUUGAAUCCAUUGUCGUUAUUUCGUUCACGCAGUAGCAAACGAGCACUGCCUUCCUUGCGAGAAAUAAUCCGCAUCUACAAUCUCAGAGCUCAGAAGCAGUUGUCGCAAAAUUUCCUUCUCCAACCCUCUUCUAUAAACAGUCUUGUGAACUGCGCCGGCGGCCUCCGUGAUGCCUGCGUCUUGGAGGUAGGUCCCGGUCCCGGUGGGCUCACCCGGGCUAUUCUGCGUCAACGUCCUCGGCACCUUGUCGUCGUGGAACUCGACCGGAGGUUUAUCCCCUCUUUAGAAGAAUUACGUCUCUCGGCAUCUGAAAUGGGUGUAAAGAUGGACAUUUAUCGUGGUGACAUUCUGAAGGUAAAUACCGGGGAUAUAUUUCCUCUGACAAGCAUACACCAGCCCGAGACUUGGGGUUCCGGAGUUGAUGCUGUGGCACUAAAGGUGAACAAAGUGUCAACGGCUCUGGUUGAAGCCAGCGUCGAGCGUCCACCGCGUGUUCGCAUUAUCGGUAAUCUCCCAUUCAGCACAUCGACGGCUCUGCUUAUUUCGUGGCUGGAUAACAUUGCCAAUCGUCGGCAGAUCUGGCGUCUCGGGCGGGUGCCCAUGACACUCACCUUUCAGAAAGAGAUUUGCGAACGCCUCGUGGCCGACGUCUGGGACGAACAGCGUUCCCGGCUCUCCGUGAUGGCCCAGACAUUUUGCGAGGUACAAUUCCUAAAGGUGAUUCCUGGUUCAGCGUUUGUUCCCCAGCCCAAAGUGGAUGCGGGUGUAGUACGGUUGAUUCCCCUCCCACGGCCACUCAUCUCUGCCCCCUUCCCCUACGUGGAAAAGUUGGUUCGUCAUGCCUUUCAGUUCAGACAAAAACUAAUUGUUAGGUGUCUGGAAAGUCUCUUUCCUCCGGAGCGACCAGAUCUCGUUAUUCAGCUGUUCAAAGAGGCUGCAGUGCAACCAAUGAAGCGUCCCAUCCAGUUAAGUAACUUGGAGUUUCGUGAUCUCUGUGAGGUGUAUGCUAGAAUAUGCGCAGCCAACCAGGGUGUCUUUGACUACGAGUUUCGUAUGCCACAGAAUCUGCCCCAUUGGCAUUCCAGGAAGGAGACGCAAAGAACAAUCCUUGGAAGCACAAUAACUGCCGCAGUCGUGCGGAAGGAAAUGUACUCUUAA